GGGCACCGGGAGCAGCCGCGGGCCCUGCGCCGUGGCAGAGAAGUCGCCCCGAUCUCCUUUCCGCGGCUCCUCAGCUGUGAUCACCAGCAAGGGAUAAUAGCGGAGUUUGCUCUUAAGCCGAUGUGAUGGGGCCGAGCAAGACGGCGGUGUCUGAUGAGGCGUUUGCAUUCACCACCCAGCGAUACAGAAAUGAAAUUAAGGCUUUACAAACACAGCUCCAGUUUAAUAGAAAUGUGCCUGCAGUUCCAGAGAACUUGGCUCUCAGAUUCUCUCACCCUCGUCCAAUUAUAAUAGAAAAACUGAAGGCAUCCAACGAUCAGAGAAAUCCAGUUGGAAGUGAGGACCCCAACCUGAGAAACUCUGGGAUGUUCUCAGUGGUAUCUGAAGAGAGACUGAAAUUGGCUGUUCAGCUGGCAAAAAGAGAUGUCAAACAAAGACGUCUGGAAGAGCAAGUGAAACAGCAAGUAUUUGGAGAUGUGGUCAGUAAACCAUUGUGGACCCACAAAUCACAACAGCAGAAGACUGAAAUACUUGUAAGUCAAGAAAAUAAAAAUGCCCUGAGGUCUCAGACUCRCUUGACAAGUCAGCAGAGGCUCGACCAGCCUUCCCAAGGGGGAUCUGCCAGCUCUGAUGCAAACAUUUAUCUCCGCGUGGUUAAGGAGGGAAAGCCAACACCAGCUGUUUUGGACUCUCCACCCAUCCAUGACACAGCACCAGAGCCCAAGCCAAAUUUAAAUAAAAAAGAACAUAAAAAUAUGCAGGAAGUCCAGCGUCUACAAAAGGAAUUAAGGAACUAUGUCCAGAAAAUUGAAGAAAUUAUUAAAAAAGGGAGAGAUAGAGAACUUCUAGAUCCCGAAAACGAGCAGCGACUUUGCACUAGGAGACAGCAACAAGCRGCACGGUCAGCUCGGAUGCUGUACGUGCUCCAGCAACAGGUAAAAGAAAUUCAGGAUGAUUUAGAGAAACUGAGUCCUCAUACAAUCAAACAUACUAAAAAGUCUCAAGCAGUGUCCAGGUUGGCAGCAGUGCACAGAGGAGCUGUACGAACCUUGCARGCGUUUGCCAAUCAGUUUGCAGAUCAAACAGAUGAGCAGAUUCCUGCCCACUACAAGGAAUUGGGCAGUCUCAUUCGACAGUUGUCUCUCUGCUCCGCCAAACUAGAAGGGGAUUCUUCCAUUUCUGAUGUUAUUAUAGAUAUUUUGUUGCAAGUUGAGGAUCUAAAUUCACUGCUGGAAAACAAGMGAACACCAAAAAGAGUGAAGAAAUGUAUUUCAGCUUCUCAGGCCAAAUCUCCAAGCAACACUGAGACAUUUCCAGGCAGAAAGCACCUUCUGUCUCCAAAAGGAGAAAACAAAUCUCUCACCUUGAAGGGACAGCAUGGACAAGAGCCUAAAAGACCUCCAUGUGCCAGAAGUGUCUUGACUGCUGUUCAACAGGCAAACAGCUCUGCUCAUGUAUUACACAAUAAAUACCAAGAAGAAAGUGGCUCACCUAUUCCAGAGGGAAAUGCCACUUUGCGUGAGGGAAGCACAGAUGCACUGGUGAGAGCUGCAAAAAAAGAAUCUGUUCUUGAAAGUAGUGCUUUGAAGAAGAAAGGUGUGUUAUUGCCUGAAAAACCACAGGAAAUGCUGAAAUCUUUAAAAUCAAGACGGGUACACCCUCCAGGAAAACAUGCCCGAUUUCAAGAGCCAACUAUAGCUUUCCAACUGAAAGGGAACAAAGGACCUGUUAAAGAGAGCAGAAUGGCCUGUGUGCUUUCAAAGCCUCCAUCUGUCUCACCUAAGCGAUUAGCAAGGCUUGAAGCAAAAAAAUCAAGAGGAGCGAAGGUUCUAACUGACCUUUGCAGAGGAGAAACGAAAAAAAUACCAAAGUUAAGGUCACAAACUGUUCCUCCAACCCAAUGUGCAGACAAAGCUGGGAAGAAGGUUUGGGAGUGGUCAGAGCUUCUGCUGGACAGGACACAGGUGGUACAGGAGGUUGCAGAAAAUGCAGAUAUUCUGAGUGAAAAGCUAUUGGAUGAUCUCUUGGAARAUACUGCUCAGGAACUGUGGAGGAUGGAUCAGCAUCAGAGACUCCAGACUGAGGGCCUGCCUCYAGCUGACAGUCAUAGCCUAGAGUCAAUGUUGCAAAGAAUGGAAGAAAUUGAAAUGUACCAGGAGGCUGUCCGCAGGAGAGUCACCCAGAUUGUGUACAGUGACUCCCAGUUCUGGGCCCAGCAAGACAAAAUGGAACAACAAAUGGCAUCGACAGCUAAAAAAUUUACAUCUCCUCAUCCAGUUCAGAUAAUCAAAUUAAUUGGACACACAGAGCUAGAAACAGACAUUUUAUUUGRAAAACCUUUUGACAGCACUGAUAUUGAUGAAAACAAAGAAGCAGAGGAGAAAUUGCAGACUGGAAAUGACAUUCGGCAGCCCUUGCCUCUGAAUUCUGUACAGAAAGUAUGCUCUGUGUCUCUCUCCGUGCCAAGCAAUAUGCUCCAGAGCAUCUUGGAUUAUAACAGCAGAUAUAAGCAUCAUUUAAAGCUUAUUUCCCAUGAGGUGGUGGGCAGUUUUGAUCCGUGGCAGAUCGCUGAGAGUCUUGCAGAGCAACUGACAGAAGAAGCCCUGUGUGACGUGGCAGCAGAGCUGCAGGAUGUUUGUGAGGACUAUGCAGAAGCUGUGUUCACAUCGGAGUUUUUGCAGCCGGUGCAGUGAAUUCUUUCCCACCCGUCCCAUCAAUGCCAGCCUCAGUCUGACAGUCUGUGAGGUUUUCUGCACUGGAUCUCUAUCAGGGAUUCAUCUCAGAUUUUUAGAAAAUUAUUACAACAAUGUUUUCCUUUUCAGAUUUGAUGUUGUGUAAUCACCUUAGCACAUACRCUGGGAUGAGCUCUUUGGGGGAUGUGGCAAUCCAAGCAAGGAUUGUCAUGGCACAGCACAAAUAGAUGCAAGCAGUUGGCACUGGCUGUACUUGCAGGCCUGCUUGGGCUCUUGCCAUCAGUUUCAGAAUGGAGUUCCUGAGUAUCUCUAGUACAUCACGCACAGGCAAAAUGAGACCUUUUAAUAGAAMCACAUGAUAGAGAUCUUUGUUUCUUUUCUUAAACUAGUCUAAAAUGUUACUCUUAAAAAUCCCACAGAAAUGAAAACAACAAAAUAAAUGAUCAACUGGCWUUUCUGCAACAUUAAAUUCACUUGUUUGUUUCAAAUAAUCAAGGUACUAAUUUGGGUUAUGUCUGGAGUCAGACCAAUGAGUAAUAAUUACUUAUGUAGUGUACUAGGGAAAUGSAAAUUCAACCCUUGAGGUACCCCAAAGGACAAUAUGACACGCUGUUUCCUUUGUCAAUUUUUUUUCAAURUUGUUCAACUUACAACACAUUCAUUUUUGACCUUCUAAGAUUAUUUCCUCUAAUUAGAAUGUAGAUUUAAAAAAUAAUCUUGUUUCUAUUGAAGCCAGGUUUACUAUUUCAAUCGUAUUGAAAUUUACAUCAAAUGUAAUUAUAUAACUGUUACUGCUGAAGUAUGGCUUUGUUGAUAUGUGAUUUCUGUAAUUUAAACCCGUUCAUUUCUAAGAUUAUAAAUCAAAAAUACUAAAGCAAUAGUAUCUCKAUGUCUGUGUAUAUAUGCUUGUGAAAGUAUUUUGAAGAUGUUUUAUUUUUUAAUAAACAACACUUGU